AUGGCGAACGUGGUGACAGCCCUGUCUGUUUCAUCUCUAGAAGAUGCGAGCACUGGACAGUGGCCCAUGCAGAUGCUGAUUUGCGGGCAUCUGGGCGCUGUGAGCGAGAUGAGAAAAUCAGCUCUCAGGAGGAAGUGUGCGGUCUGUAAGAUCGUCGUCCACACCGCCUGCAUCGAACAGCUAGAAAAGAUUAAUUUCAGAUGUAAACCAACAUUUCGAGAAGGGGGCUCAAGAUCACCGAGAGAAAAUUUUGUGCGUCAUCACUGGGUACACAGGCGUCGGCAGGAGGGAAAAUGUAAGCAGUGUGGUAAGGGCUUCCAGCAGAAAUUCUCCUUCCACAGUAAAGAGAUUGUGGCUAUCAGCUGUUCCUGGUGCAAGCAGGCGUUUCACAAUAAGGUGACCUGCUUCAUGCUGCAUCAGAUUGAGGAACCCUGCUCCCUGGGGGCUCACGCCGCCGUUAUUGUCCCGCCCACCUGGAUCAUUAAGGUGAAGAAACCUCAGAACUCGCUGAAGGCUUCAAAUCGGAAGAAGAAGAGAACAAGCUUUAAAAGAAAAGCCAGUAAAAGAGGAACUGAAGAAAACAAAGGUCGUCCUUUUGUGAUAAAACCUAUCUCUUCUCCUCUCAUGAAACCCUUGCUUGUGUUUGUGAACCCCAAGAGUGGAGGCAACCAGGGAACCAAAGUCCUGCAGAUGUUCAUGUGGUACCUGAAUCCACGGCAAGUCUUUGAUCUUUCUCAGGAAGGGCCAAAAGAUGC